CUCAUUUACAUAGGAGCGCCCAUAAAUGGACGACCGCCGCACCCCGCCCGACAACUCGGUGGUGGCCACUGCGCAGACCAGACUUCGCUCGUCCGUGCGCCUCGCUCCGCUUUUCCUCCGCAACCAUGUCUGACAAACCCGAUAUGGCUGAGAUCGAGAAAUUCGAUAAGUCGAAACUGAAGAAGACAGAAACGCAAGAGAAAAAUCCACUGCCCUGA